UUGUAGCCAUUUUAGGAGGAAACGCGGAUCGCUAGCUUGGGGCGCGUCUUCAACUUCAAUAACUUUAUUGGUGGCCGUAUCCUCAGAACAGCCAUUGCGCCAGUGGCCAGGGGAGGAGGGAGCGCAUUGCCGGACGGGGCCCCCGACUCGAGCUGCAGCCAUGGGAAAUACCACCAGCGACAGGGUGGCCGGGGAGCGCCAUGGUGCCAAGUCUGCACGCGCCGAGGGCGCCGGCGGCCAUGCCCCAGGCAAGGAGCACAAGAUCAUGGUGGGGAGCACCGAUGACCCCAGCGUCUUCAGCCUGCCGGACUCCAAGCUCCCUGGGGACAAAGAGUUUGUAUCAUGGCAGCAGGAUUUGGAGGACUCCGUAAAGCCCACACAGCAGGCCCGGCCCACUGUUAUCCGCUGGUCUGAAGGAGGCAAGGAGGUCUUCAUCUCUGGGUCCUUCAACAAUUGGAGCACCAAGAUUCCACUGAUUAAGAGCCAUAAUGACUUUGUUGCCAUCCUGGACCUCCCUGAGGGAGAGCACCAGUACAAGUUCUUUGUGGAUGGACAGUGGGUUCAUGAUCCAUCAGAGCCUGUGGUUACCAGUCAGCUUGGCACGAUUAACAAUUUGAUCCAUGUCAAGAAAUCUGAUUUUGAGGUGUUUGAUGCUUUAAAGCUAGAUUCGAUGGAAAGCUCAGAGACAUCUUGUCGAGACCUUUCCAGCUCACCCCCAGGGCCUUAUGGUCAAGAAAUGUAUGUGUUUCGAUCUGAGGAGAGAUUCAAAUCCCCACCUAUCCUGCCUCCUCACCUUCUCCAAGUUAUUCUUAACAAGGACACUAAUAUUUCUUGUGACCCAGCCCUGCUCCCCGAGCCCAAUCACGUCAUGCUGAACCAUCUCUAUGCGCUGUCCAUUAAGGACAGUGUGAUGGUCCUUAGCGCAACCCAUCGCUACAAGAAGAAGUAUGUCACUACUCUGCUCUACAAGCCCAUCUGAAGGGAUCCCUUCCUGCCUCCCAGGAUUCAGGAGAAGCAUCUCCCUUGAGUUUCUGGACUGGACCAGUCUUACCUGAUACUGGAAAGCUGAUUUGUUUGAGGCUGAUAUGUGUGUUUCAGAGCCUCGGAGUAGGAUGCUCUGCUUUUGCAUUUGAUUGCAGAUGAGAGCCUUAUGAGUUCGUGGAAUUUAUUUUAAGAAAAAAAAUAUAUAUAUACACACACAUAUGAGAGGAAGGUUAAUGGAAGCCUCCUAGCUAGAUGUAUUCUCUCUGCCUGUGGGGACUCACCAAGACGUGUUUGAGGGAGCUGCAGGAAGGACCAUUACAGGAAGCUUUUUUCCUAAAAUGAGUGAAGAGCAAACUCUCUGGAUCCUUGUUGAGUGGAGAUUCUAUCACUGUUACCUUGGCCCUCUAAGAGAUGGACUUGUGCCAGACCGCUGCCCCUCUUACAGCUGCCUCCUUGCAGGGCAGCUUUUCUUGCAUGGGUUCUCUAUAUUCCCGGAGUAUGUGGCACAAUCUGUGUUUUUUAUAUGAUAUCAGAUGCCCCACAAGAACCCUUUUUCCCCUCAUUUCACAUUCUUGCUCUGAUAACCUCCUUCAGAUCCUAUACCCGACCCUUCCCUAACAGAAAACUCAUUGGGAAAGUGACCCCUUUCAAAGGCUUUGAGAGACCUGACUCACCUCAGAGAUGAGGGCUGCCAGAAAGUCUCCUGUUUAGCCCAGCACAGGCCCAGGCCACUUGGUCACUGCUUGUUUUAACUUCUACUAAAGAGUGUAUGGUCCGGCAUUAUAAGCAAGGCAGGAUGCAGAAGUCUGCUUUCUUGUUGGAGUUUGGUGCCACAGCUUAGGCUGUAUUGGCACAUUCCAUAGGUUUGCCCACCUGGCCUGGCCCUGCUUCCAUGUUUUCUUUUGCAGAGCAGACAGCUUUGAAGGUGGGAGUGGAGCCAGGGAAAACUUUCAUGUCUUUUGAACUUGGAAGAUUUUUAUGUGCCAACAUUUUUCUUUAAUUAAAAAAUGCCUUUUCGUUGGUCUUAAGAGACCGCAUAGGAGAACUUAAGGGUCUUGAUAAAUGGUCCCCAAGAUUUUCUCUAGUCUAGUUCUCUAUGAUCUUAGAUUAAUGUGGCCAACCCUGUAUACAUCAUUACACUAAGCACUGUUCUAGAUAUGGAUUCAUUCAGGCUCAUUUGAUGCAUCUAAAAGGUUCUCUCAACUUAAGGAUUUGUUAGGCCAAGAAGCCAGAAGGUACCGUUGGUGUUGCCAGCAAUGAACAGUAUCGCUUCCCUGCGCUGUGUGCUAACGGGAUCUUUUUGUUCUUCUGCCUCUUUUUUACAAAAGUGUUUGAUGGUGAAGUGGGGUCAGUGAUUUCCAUUUUUGGAAUGAAAAGUAGCUAUUCAAUCCACUCUUGGGGUUCAGAGAUGAAAACGUUUUUUUCCAAGUAUCUGUGGCUCUUACAUUACAGAUAAAUGCAAGUCAAACAUUCAAAACUGGAGGACUUUUGGACUGGAGCAAUCUCAAACUUGAUGCUUGAGAGACUCCUUGGCUGCUAAGAUGAGCCCAGCCACACUGAAAGGGCACCCACAGGUUAGUUUAGGUACCUCCUGUCUUUCCCAUGCGAAGCUGAUGACACAAUUGUCUUUGGGUAUGUAGACCGCUUAGAUCCCACGUGUGGGCUAAUAGGGCAUGGGGUUGUUGUUACGAUGGGAAUGAAACUGCUAAGUGCUGGUGGUUAAUCGCUGAGAAUACAUAACUGCUUUAGCCACUCAAGGCCACCUUCUGCAGCAAAAGGCUAUUGUGGAGAACCUUUUAUGGUCCCAACCACUUUUUGAAUGGUGUGCCAUUUUAAAAAUCCAGGCCAAAUCCUGUUAUAACCAACUCUCAGGAUUGACAUUGUCUUCAGUUAUACUAGAAUUUUGUUUUUUCCAAUACUCAUGAAAUAACUGGGCUAGUAAGGAGGAUUCAAAAUUUUGGUUGUUACAUGGGGGAUUUUGUUACUCCUGAUUCUUGACAACAGUAUGGAAAUCUAAUUGUCCAUGUGUUCAUGUAUUAAAAUUUUGACUCUACACAGGUGUGUCAAUAGUGGGGCAGGAGAAGAGAUUCCUGCCAUUUCUCUCAAAGCCAGAGACUCUGGCUCCAGUGACAAUAGGUUUUGGUGCUGGUGACCUUCAGAUGUUUCUAAUGUGGAAAUGUGCAGAGAGUGUCAGUUCCCCAAGUUCUGAGGUACUCCCUCAGCUAGAUGUCAAAUGGGAGCCUACCAGCUGGUAUGGGGCAGGUAAGAGUAACUGGAUGAUGACUCAUUCACACUGUCCCUUCUCUAUCCUGAUAAUACUUCCCAUGGCCCUGAGAAGCCCUGUCACACUCUGUCUCCAAGAUACUGUUCUAUAAGGUAGAGAGGGAGGGAGGAAGGCUCAAAUUACGACUCACUCAUUCUUUUGUAUUGGUUAAAGGGAUAGUUUAUUUAUUGGUUAAAGGGAUAGCAGAAGAGAGUUUGGCAGAUUUUGACAAUGAAUAAAGGUGAAACAUUUAUUUUACCUUUUUUUUUUCCCCCAUGGGAGUUUCACAGAGUCAAAGUUAAGAGAGUAUGAAAAUAGUCAGGAGGGCUGACCCUUAAAGAACUGCAUCAUGGUUUUGGGGUUGUGGGAAAAAGAAAAGAGUGGCUGAGCUGAGGAGUGGUACCAGGAAAAUAAAGGGUUAAGUAACUCAGAACUAAAAAUAUCCUUUUUAAAAAAAGAAUUGGAACUUCCUGUAUAAAACAUCUUCUCUUUGUCUCUUGUUCCUAUUCUCUUCCCUUCUAUAUUCUGCUUUAACUUCAUUUGUCAGGCAGACUUCACGCAGGGCUCAAGUCAAACAUUACCUAAAACAAAUGUUAGUCCUCUUGGUGGUAUGGAGACCUUCCACAUCAUGGUUAUUAGCUUGCUUUACGCUUACAGGUGGAUGGGAUGUAAUCACUGUAGGCAACACCUCUGAAAGUCGUACCUGGCCUCAAUAGUGUUGCCGUUUUGUUGUUGUUGAGGAAGCUUUGCCCUGAGCUAACAUCUGUCGCCAAUCUUCCUCUUUUUGCAUGAGGAAGAUUUGCCCUGAGCUAACGUCUGUGCCAGUCUUUGUCUACCUUGUAUGUAGGUUGCCGCCACAGCAUGGCUGAUGAGUGGUAUAGGUCAAUACCCAGGGUUCCGAACCCAUGAGCCCAGGCCGCUGAAGCAGAGCAUGCUGAACUUAACCACUAUGCCGUGGGGCUGGCCCCAGUGUUGGCUUUUUCUAACAAUGUUUAUGUGGUAGAGAAACCCUGUAAAAGAAGAAUCCAAGAGAAGUUUCUGAGAGGAUCGUACAAACCCAGGCCCCCUCACUUCCCUCUGAUUAUUUCUAGUCUCUUAUAGACCUAAUGGAUCUGAGAUAAAAAACCUUUGGAAAGUGUCAGUACUCCGUGUAUGCUGCUAAAAUAAAGUUAAGUUUGGAAAGAAGUGUUACUUCCAAACUGGGCUUAUAUUAAUUUGGGGUAUAAAUGAAGGAGACAUACUAAAGGGGAAAUAGGGCUUUUAAAAUUUUCAUCUCAACUAAAAAUGAUAUGCAAUAGUGUAUGUUUCAAAUACAUUCUAUUCUCAGAUUUCUGAAGCCUCAUGUUCUAGUGAUUUGGGGCAUGGGCUUAAGAGCAGAUACAGUUUGUUCCUACAUUAUUCUGACUCAUCCUUCAAGUCAAGUUCUUGUUGUCUUCUACCAGGGGAUGCUGACUCCAGUUACCCGUGGGAUAGAGGACCUGGAAGGGGUAGGGGUUAGGGUCUUUUAAAACUCUGGAUCUAGGCAUUUGUCUUUCUUUAAGUGUCAAUCACAAUUGGAGGUCAAAGGGCUGUGAUUUCUGCAAUGAACCCAAACUUUUGGAGUAAAAAGGCCAAAUCAUUUAAAAAUUUUUAAAAAAGAAGAAAAAACUCAAGAGUGUUACUUAUGACAUCCACUUCUCAGCAAUGGAAUCCUUCUAGGAUUCAAAUUUGGGCUUUGUCUUGGUUUGCUUUUCUCAGUUGUGCUUUGAAGUGAUUGUUUUGUUAAAAAAUUAAAUUUACUAGUUUCAACAUUAGUUGGAGUUGAAUUAAUUGUGUGUAGCACAGAGCUUUUGUAGUAAGAUUGAUGUGAAAUACGAAAUGCUCUGUGGAUUCUGUAGUCAAGUUAAAUGGUCGAGGGAUACCUACCAUAAGUGUUAGAUUACGUAUUGGUUAUCUUACUUCUUUUCUCUUCCCAUCCACAGAACACUUAGCCAGGGUGUGGUUUUCGAGCAGCCAAAGCUCACUGAGGUUGAUUAGUCCUAAUAUCCACACUGGGCCCCAUGUAUGAAACUUGUUUAAAUUUCGGUAAAUGGGAGGAUGUUGGUUGGUAUUACACUGAAGCAUUUUGAAUGAGUGCAGCUCUGUCAUAAAGGAGAAGACUCUAAUUUGAAGGAAAUGAAAUAUGUGAGAGUCCUCCUUUAAAUGGUGCUUUUUGUAACCUUUAGUGCUGAGGUAUCGAGCUGCUAUUCAACGUUUCGUUUUACAAGAGUAGCAUACAAAAAUGGAUUUUAAAGCUUUUCUCCAAGUGUAAUCUCUCACUGGACUCUGACGUGUCUGAAAACUAUGUGAUAUAACACAUACAGAAAUGUGAGGUUUUUUCCGUAAAACUGUUGAAUAAAAGUAUUAUACAGCAA